GGGCCCCCGGGCAAUAGGGGAUCAUGGGGCCCCUGUGUCCUUGCCCACAGUCAAAGCACACCCAGAAAAGCCUAUAAAAGGUACCAGGGGUAUUUAAUGUGGCCCCCUACUGACCCCAGGUCCUCGGGCAGAGUAUUACCGACAGGGGAGAGACCUGCCCGUUGGGGAGCACUAGCCAGGGGCGGACUGACAACUCAUGGGGCCCCUGGGCAAUAGGGGAUCAUGGGGCCCCUGUGUCCUUGCCCAAACUCAAAGCACACCCGAAAAACCUAUAAAAAGGUACUAGGGGCAUUUCAUGGGGCCCCCUACUGACCCCUGGGCCCUCGGGCGGUGCCCGAGUGCUCAAAUGGUCAGUCCGCCCCUGAACACUACACAA